CCUUAAGGAAUUUUCUUUUUUUUUUUAACGUUUUCUUUUCAUUCUUUUAUUACUUUUUAUAACUAUCGACAAUGAGUGAUUAUUCUUCCAGCUUUGGCGCUCCUGAAUUGAGCAACAAGAAACAAGAAGUCAUGGAACAAGUCCGUGGUGAACUUGCCAUGGCCAAUGCUCAAGAACUCAUUAAUAAAAUCAACGAAAAGUGUUAUUUGAAGUGUGUGCCCAAACCUGGUCCUCGUCUUGAAAGUGGUGAACAACAAUGUCUUUCUAAAUGUAUGGAUCGUUACAUGGAAGCCUGGAACGUCGUGUCUCGAUCUUAUGUCAAUAGAAUCCAACGUGAAUCUCAAAACCAACAAAUGAUGUAAAAACAUAAAACAUACAUUUCUUAUUUAGACCUCUUAGUCCCGCAAAUCCCAUUCACCUUUUUUGUUUAUAUGAUCGUCUUAUUUUUUUUUUACACAUACACCUCACUCUCUUACAUCAAUUAAAAAAAUAAAGGAUAUAUUUUAUAUUUGAUAGACUUUCA